UCAUUUUAUUUCACCACAAAUAAUAAAAAACAUGAAUCUAAAAUUGAUAUUAAACCAAGAGGGAUAAUCGAAGAUAUACCAACAGUUGAGUCAUCUAGAAAAUUAAGUCAGAAUAUAUCAAUAGAUCUUUUGGAAGCUGACACCUCAAACGAUAAUGAUCUAGAAAUAGAAUCAAUCUAUCAAGAAGAAACAAUCGAAAGACAAUUCAGAAGGCAAAAAAAGGAUCAGGAUAAUAGUGACUUUGAUUUUAUCGAAGAAGAAUUAUUUAGUGGAUUUGCUACGCCAGAGUAUGCAUAUAGUGAUGAUGAUCCAGAA